UCAAACAUGGCCGACGACGAAAACACAAUCAUGGACAAGAACACACCUCUUGCCAACCCAGUCGAGCCGCCCGUCGCCGGAAUUACCCAACGAAUAGACAACCAGAACAAUGUGGACGGCAAAGGGGCCGCCGGCGAGCUGCGCGCCACCACGCAGUACUGCGAGGAGCUGCAGGGCUGGAUGUGGCAGUACUACUCGGGAUAUGUCACCUGGCAGAGCUGGGUGGCAGCGUCAGCCAUGUCCUACCCCUGUUAUUUACAGCCAGACACUGGGACCACGACGCUUGACAUUAACACCCAGAACUGGUAUAAUGGCCCCUUCGGUGCUCCGCAGUCGGCCUCUCAGGCUGCGGUCACCUCCCGGUCAGGUGACGCCGCGGUGGUCGCUCAGCCGCAGCAGCAGGAGAAUGGAAACGCACAGAGACCAGGCCGAGAGUAUAUCAUUCCUUCACCUCUCCAAAGACUCCUGGCCGAGAUCGUGGAUUUCUUCAUACUAUUUUUCAUCAAAGCAACCAUAAUCAUCAGUAUUAUGCAUCUGAGUGGAAUCAAGGAUGUCUCCAAGUUCGCCAUGCAUUUCAUAGUGGAGGAAAUAGAUGAGGACACAUCAAUGGAGGAGCUCCAGAAAAUGAUGCUCGUUGCGCUUGUGUACCGCAUAUUAGUGUGUUUUUAUGAGAUUGUGUGCAUUUGGGGAGCAGGGGGAGCCACUCCAGGGAAGUUUCUCAUUGGACUCAGAGUUGUUACAUGUGACUCAUCAGUUCUGGUUCAACCUAACAGGGUGCUGGUUGUGCCAGCAACUAAUGUCUCUCUGUCUGCAUCAACUGUCCGAGCCUUGAACAAGAACUUUUCAAUCGCCUUCUUUUUUCCGGCCUUCAUCACACUCCUUUUCUUCCAGCACAACAGGACUGUGUAUGAUAUGGUAGCUGGUACAAUUGUUGUUAAGCGCUCCAGGAUCAGAUGACGCAGAAGAACCCAGAGGAGAGUACUACUACAAAAAGAUUGGGGAAGCACUGUGUGUGUGUGUGUGUAUUUUUAUUUUUUUAAACGACUGCAGAACUCCGACGUCAGCCUUUCGAGGUAUUGUCAUAACACAGAGGAGUGUUGACAUGGUUGCAGACAGUUUGAUACACAUCAGUAUGAACUAUUUCAAUUCCCUACAACUUGGGUCGGGUUUGUUUCGGACACAUAUUGUAUUCUUGCAUGUAAUGCUACAUGUAUUUCUAAAAGCUACUUUCACAAACUUUCCGUGCCAAAUUGAUGGCUCCUUUAAAGACGCUGGUGUAUGCCACCAUUUUAUUAACGUUUUGCCACUUUAAAUACUAAACCUCCAGAUUAAGGAUGAAGUCCCGUAUCACUCAGUUUUGAAGUUGACGAUCAUAUAUUAAUGAGAUUACGCCUUCAGUAUCUCUUUGUAUUAAAAUGUUCUCUUAAGUGUUGUAUACUUUUACCUUUUGAGGGAAGACCUGGUGAUCACCUUUUUCUCAGAUGCUGAAAUGCAAACGCAUCAAAAGGAAAUGUGAACCUGAUCUCAAAUGAUCUUCCUUUUUCUUGGACAGCAUGUGUGUGACUUAAAAGUUGAUAUGUGACACGUGAUUAAUUUUUUCUGCAUUUAAGAAGAUUAAAUGAAACCACCAUUAUUCCGCUGCCUGCUGGAGGUGUUUGUCUGCUAUUGGAUCAUUCUUACAAUGUUUUGAUACAAAUUAAGUGGUCUCAUGUUUAAUUUGGACUCAUCGUGUGAUUGGUGCAUAAGUAUAGUUUUAUUUUGUAAUAAACUGUAGAAAGUAUACUCUGAGACACAAGGGGUGUAUAAAUGAGUAGAACAUACACAAUAUUUGCAUAAUCUCACAUACAUGAAGGGGCAUUGAAUAGUUUGAUGACCCAUGGGAGAUUUUAGACUGAAAAUCAGCAAAUCAUAAAAAAGAAAGUCUCCUCCAUAGUUCUUGUAUAAUGUAUUUAAAGAUGCAUUGAAGGUUUCUAUUUAAUAUGCUACAGUAAAUUUGAGUUGUUGUCCAAAACUACUUCCUCUGUAAAGUCUUGUGAAUAUAUUCCACUUCAGGA